CACCCUAACAGACCCAAAACCCCUGUUUCUCCGUAGCCUCCUCCCUCUCGAUUUUUGUUUCUGGGUUCAGUCAAGUUCCGAACUUGGUCUCAUAUUUUGGUUCGUUUCCUUAAGGUUUAGAUACCCUCUUCUUCUUCUUCUUCUUCUUGCUUUGCAUUGUUUUCUAGUAAGAUAAGGUAGUCUCAGUUCUUUAGUUGAGCUAUUUGCUCAGAGAGAAGAUGGGAGUCAAGGACAAGAAGAAGACCAAGAAGAACAAGGAGUCUGCCCAGAGAAAUUUGGAGCCUGUUGAAAAGGAUAAAAAGUCAGGACCUUCAGAGAUGAGAAAGAGAAAAAGAGACAAGGAAAACAAUGGUGAUUCGAGAAGAGUUGUUCAGAUCUCCAUUGAAGAUAACACUCCUAAAGAGGCCAAUGACAAGAAAAAGACAAAGAAACUGAGGAAAGGAAAGGUAAAGAAGGUGAAGAACAAUCAGGAUUUGGAUGAUCCCUCUAAUACCGAUGGUUUUGAUGAAUUAAAUGAUGAUGAAGCAGCAGAUGAUCAGAGCCAAUUCGAAAUUCAGGGAGAGACUGGAAGUGCUGAAAUGGUGCUCAAUGAAGAUGAUCGUAACUCAAAGAAAGCUAGGAAAAAGAAAAAGAAGAAUCGUGAUUCCUUGGAAGGGGGGAAGUUACUGGAAAAGAGAGUGGAAUCUGUUCAAGGUGAACAUUGUCAUCUCUCUUCAGUGGAUGAGGACUGCUCAAGAGAAAUAACAAGCAUAUCCAAGAAAUCUCAGAAAAAGAAAAGGAGGGAUAUGGAUUCAUCAAAACCUAAGAAGUCAUUGGAAAAGAAAGAAGAAGCUAACCAGGAGGAUAUUUACCUUAUCUCCUCUGAGGAUGAGGGCAGCCCGAGAGGAAUGAAAAAAUGGAUUAUGGAAUACCAGCAAAAUAGACCUGGAUUGAAGGUACUGCAGCAAAGAAUUGAUGAGUUCAUUAUUGCACAUGAGGCAAAAUUGGAACAGGAAAGAAAAGAAAGAGAAGCCCUUUCUGCUGAGGAGGGAUGGCAACUUGUACAACAUCAUAAAGGAAGGAAGAAAACCAAGGAUGCUGAUGGAAUUACAGUAGGCUCUGUUGCCCAGGCUGUUGUGGAGAGCAAGAGGGCCAAGAAGAAGAAUACAGAUGUUGGGCUAGACUUUUAUCGGUUCCAAAGGAAAGAAGCUCAGAGGAAUGAAAUUAUGAUGCUUCAGAGCAAAUUUGAGCAGGAUAAAAAGCGGAUACAGCAGAUAAGAGCAGCAAGGAAAUUCAAGCCAUACUGAAAAGAAAGCACUUAUAUUCUGUCUGCCCUUGCAGAAAUUAAGGGUUUUUGUCCUGUAAUGCUAAGCCAUUAGUAUGAUUUGACGACAAUUUUUGGUCUCAGAUAUUGUUUCCUCAACUUGUUUUCAGCAGUGUAAUUGAAAUCCUUGAUAAUUCACUAAUUUGUGAGAACGUACACAACAUUCAUUGCACCAAUAUAUCUUAUUAAGUUGAAGCA